GGGUCGGUGCAAGGCCGGAGUCGUCCAGGGCUGCCCCAGGAGCAGCUGCAGACACCAGCCGCCGCCAGUGCCGGUAACUUCUGCUUCAAGGCCCAGGAGCUGCUGCUGUGUUCCCACUGACGGCCUUCCCUCUGCCCCCAGCACGCCGCAAUGGGCUUCUCUUCGGAGCUUUGCAGCCCCCAGGGCCACGGGGCAGUGCAGCAGAUGCAGGAAGCUGAGCUCCGCCUACUGGAAGGCAUGAGGAAGUGGAUGGUGCAGAGGGUCAAGAGUGACCGGGAAUACGCAGGACUGCUUCACCACAUGUCCCUGCCGGACAGUGGAGGCCAGAACAGGAACAGUGGCCUGGAGAGCCCCGUCAGUCAGUCCUGGGCUGAGAUCACCAGCCAAACCCAGAGCCUGAGCCGGGUGUUGCGGCAACACGCAGAAGACCUGAACUCAGGGCCUCUGAGCAAGCUGAGCCUGCUGAUCCGGGAGCGGCAACAUCUGCGCAAGGCUUACAGUGAGCAGUGGCAGCAGCUGCAGCAGGAGCUCACCAAGACCCACAGCAAUGACAUUGAGAAGCUGAAGAGCCAGUACCGAGCCCUGGCACGGGACAGUGCCCAGGCCAGGCGCAAAUAUCAGGAGGCCAGCAAAGACAAGGACCGAGACAAGGCUAAGGACAAGUAUGUGCGCAGCCUAUGGAAGCUCUUUGCCCACCACAACCGCUACGUACUAGGCGUGAGGGCCGCCCAGCUUCAUCACCAUCACCAUCACCAGCUCAUGCUGCCCAGCCUGCUGCAGUCACUGCAGGACUUGCACGAGGAGAUGGUGCGCAUCCUGAAGGAGAUCCUGCAGGAAUACCUGGAGAUCAGCAGUCUGGUGCAGGACGAGGUGGUGUCCAUUCAUCGGGAGAUGGCUGCAGCUGCUGCCCGCAUCCAGCCUGAGUCCGAGUACCAAGGCUUCCUGCAACAGUAUGGGUCCACCCCUGAUGUCCCACCUUGUGUCACCUUUGACGAGUCACUGCUUGAGGAGGGGGAGCAGCUGGAGCCUGGGGAGUUGCAGCUGAACGAGCUCACUUUGGAGAGUGUGCAACACACGCUGACCUCUGUGACAGACGAACUGGCUGUGGCCACCGAGACGGUGCUGAGCCGGCAGGAGAUGGUCAGUCAGCUGCAGCAUGAGGUCCAAAACGAGGAGCACGGCACCCACCCCCGGGAACGGGUACAGCUAUUGGGUAAGAAGCAGGUGUUACAAGAGGCAAUUCAGGGGCUGCAGGUAGCACUGUGCAGCCAGGCCAAGCUGCAGGCCCAACAGGAGAUGUUGCAGAGCAAGCUGAGUCAGCUGGGCCCCGGCGAGCCCCCUGCCGUGCCACUUCUGCAGGAUGACCGCCAUUCCACGUCAUCCGCGGAGCAGGAGCGAGAGGGGGGAAGGACGCCCACGUUGGAGAUCCUUAAGAGCCACUUCUCUGGAAUCUUCCGCCCCAAGUUCUCUCUCCCCCCGCCACUGCAGCUCAUUCCUGAGGUGCAGAAGCCCCUGCACGAGCAGCUGUGGUACCACGGGGCCAUACCGAGGGCCGAGGUGGCUGAGCUGCUGACGCACUCCGGGGACUUCCUGGUCCGGGAGAGCCAAGGCAAGCAGGAGUACGUGCUGUCGGUGCUGUGGGACGGCCUGCCCCGCCACUUCAUCAUCCAGUCCUCAGAAAACCUGUACCGACUGGAAGGGGAUGGCUUUCCUAGCAUCCCCUUGCUCAUCGACCACCUGCUGUGCUCCCAGCAACCCCUCACCAAGAAGAGUGGUGUUGUCCUGUACAGAGCUGUACCAAAGGACAAGUGGGUGCUAAACCAUGAGGACCUGGUGUUGGGUGAGCAGAUUGGAAGGGGGAACUUCGGUGAAGUGUUCAGUGGACGCCUACGAGCGGACAACACCCCUGUGGCAGUGAAGUCUUGUCGAGAGACACUCCCACCUGACCUCAAGGCCAAGUUUCUGCAAGAAGCAAGGAUCCUAAAGCAGUACAACCACCCCAACAUCGUGCGUCUCAUUGGCGUCUGCACGCAGAAGCAGCCAAUCUACAUUGUCAUGGAGCUGGUGCAGGGAGGCGAUUUUCUGACCUUCCUGAGGACAGAGGGAGCCCGACUGCGGGUGAAGACUCUGCUGCAGAUGGUGGGGGACGCAGCCGCAGGCAUGGAGUACUUGGAGAGCAAGUGCUGCAUCCACCGGGACCUGGCUGCUCGGAAUUGCCUAGUGACAGAGAAGAACGUCCUGAAGAUCAGUGACUUUGGGAUGUCUCGGGAAGAAGCUGAUGGGAUCUAUGCAGCCUCAGGGGGCCUCAGACAAGUGCCUGUGAAGUGGACUGCCCCUGAGGCCCUUAAUUAUGGCCGCUACUCCUCAGAGAGUGAUGUGUGGAGCUUUGGGAUCUUGCUCUGGGAGACCUUCAGCCUGGGGGCCUCACCGUAUCCCAACCUCAGCAAUCAGCAGACGCGAGAGUUUGUGGAAAAGGGGGGCCGCCUACCCUGCCCAGAGCUGUGUCCUGAUGCCGUGUUCAGACUCAUGGAGCAAUGUUGGGCCUAUGAGCCUGGGCAGCGGCCCAGCUUCAUUGCCAUCUGCCAGGAGCUGCAGAGCAUUCGAAAGCGUCACCGGUGAGGCGGCGCCCUCUUCUGAAGCCAGUGACCUGUGCAGGCAAGAGUGUACCUCCUCAGCAGCUCCCACUCUCCCGUGGACAGCUCCAAGUCCUGGGCUCCAGCCAGGCCGUUAGCAGGGUGCAACCUCCGCGCAGGCUCUACGUCCCUGCUCUUGCUGGAGCAUCCUCUCCCAGGCAGAAAUAAUAAAACCACGUGUGCUUA